AUGGCCCCCGUCCGCGCCGUCCUGGCCGUGGCCGCCCUCGCAGCUGCAGGAGGUGUGCAGAUCUCGGGGGCCGGGUCGGCGGCCGAGCGCGCCGGCCCGGGGCCGCAGCGCGGGCAGGCCGCGGUGCCCGGGUGGCUGCCGCGCGACACGGAGGUUGCUGGCGAGAAGAGAGGCACCCUGGCCGAAGCCGGUCCGCCAGACACCGUGGUGAUCAACGCUACGGAGGGCUCGGUGGCGUUGCCGGCAUGGUACGGGCGAAUGGGCAACAACAUCCUGCAGCUGGUGAACGCGAUACUGUUCUGUCAGGCGGAGGGGCUCACGACGCUGCGCCUGCCUGCGGCCAGCAACGGGACGCGGCCUCACUCGUCAUCCAGGGCGGCGGACAUGUUCGACCUCCCCAGG